AUGGAGGUGAGCGUCCUGGCCCUGAGGGACCUGGCGAGCGGCCGGCCGGGGCGGCGGGGCCGCGCUGAGGCGGCCCAAAAGGAAAAUAUAUUUGAUCGAUCCAGGAUGGCACCAAAGACUCCCAUUAAGAAUGAACCAGUUGAUUUAUCAAAGCAAAAAAGCUGCACCCCAGAAAGAAAUCCAAUUACACCUGUUAAGCUCAUCGACAGACCUCAGCCUGAUCCCUGGACCCCCACUGCUAACCUGAAGAUGCUUGUUAGUGCUGCUAGCCCUGACAUGAGGGACAGGGAAAAGAAGAAAGAGCUCUUCAGACCCAUAGAAAACAGUGAGCAGAGUGACACACCUGAUUCAUUACAGUAUGAUAUGGUAGACGACUGCACGGUUGAUGAAUUUGAAAAGCAGAGGCCCAGCAGAAAACAGAAAAGCUUAGGACUCUUGUGCCAAAAGUUUCUAGCUCGCUAUCCAAGUUAUCCAUUGUCAACUGAAAAAACUACUAUUUCUUUGGAUGAAGUGGCUUCAAUUCUUGGAGUUGAGCGGAGACGAAUUUACGAUAUAGUGAACGUCUUGGAGUCAUUGCACUUGGUUAGCCGUGUGGCCAAGAACCAGUACUGUUGGCAUGGCCGGCACAACCUCAGUCAAACUCUGAAAACACUUCAGGAAGCAGGAGAGCUGCAGUAUGGAGAGCUAAUGACCUUCUUCCAGCACAAGGAGCAGGACUUGGAGUACAAAUUUGGAGAACGGAAAAAGGAAGCUAUUCCAGAUUCUCAAGACAGACCGUUACUGGACUUUUCAGAACCAGAUUGCACCUCUGCAUCUGCAAACAGCAGAAAGGACAAGUCGUUGCGGAUUAUGAGCCAAAAGUUUGUCAUGCUGUUCCUUGUCUCCAAGACCAAGAUAGUCACUCUGGAUAUCGCAGCAAAGAUACUGAUAGAAGAGACCCAGGAUACAGUGGACCACAGCAAAUUUAAAACAAAGGUACGAAGACUGUAUGAUAUCGCCAAUGUUCUCACCAGCCUAGGCUUGAUCAAGAAAGUUCAUGUCACAGAGGAACGAGGACGCAAACCAGCCUUCAAGUGGAUUGGGCCUGUGGAGUUCCCUGGAAAGACCGAUGAGCCAAGAGGGCAUAGCCCAACAUCUGAUCCUCUGCCAGGGACACAGAGAGGAGUCUGUGCCCCGUAUCAGAUCUGUGCUACUGGAAAACAAAGAUUUACACGUCACGCUUCAUUUAACGGUGCACAGCCUUGUGAAGGGACCAGAAGGAAAGUCAGUUCUGAGCCCAACAGCCCACGUCAAGAGAGGCAAGCCUGUAUUGUGAAUUCAGAUGAAUAUUGCUCCAAAAUGAUAAAUCUAGCAGCUGUCUGCAGGCAGAAAAUAGAGGAAGAUAGUAGGAAUAAAACUUGUGCCACAGAAACGAUAUUCAAUUCAGCAAGGAAGCCAAGCAUAACCUCACCUCUCUCCCUUCUUCCAGUUCCGGGGGACUCUGAUUUUUGUGUUAACCCUUUGCCUCAGGCAGUUUUCCCUGUGGUUCAGGCAGAUGUGCCAAACCUCUCGCUGCCAAAUGGGGUCAGCAGCCAAGCUCUACAUCCUUGCACGCCAGCAGCCUCCAAAACAGAAAAUGGAAAACCUACCCUGCUCCCUAACCAACCCUUCCUGUGCUUCCCAUCUUCAUCCCUUUUUAUGUUGUGUGGCGGUCUUCAGGAAAAUAACUUGAGGGAGACCCUGCCCACCACAGGAGACGUGGGAAACAGGAGUGCAGAAGCUCAGGCCGCUGUACCUCCAGCUGCCUGCCAGAAACGCAGCUCCCACAAAUGUGCAUCGCCCUCUGCACUAGAUGAUGAAGAGCCAGCUGCUAAAAAGCAGACCAUGGAACAGAGUGAUGUGCCCCUCUCACUUGUAGUACCCAAGAAGCCUUUUGAGUCACCCAAGGCAGAAUCUACCCCAGGAAGUGGCGGUACAUCUGCUGAACAUCUAGAAGCUUUUCGUCUUGACCACGCAAGUCCUGCUGCUCCAGAGGCUGCACACAAGGAGUCUACUAAGCCUUUAGAUUCUCAGGAGCAAGAAAAAUGGUCUCAGAAUAAAGACCCUGAUGAGCCUUCUCCAGCAAAAGAGCACAUCUCUAAAGAAAAUGCCAAUCAACCUUUCCUACCACAGUAUCUUUUUGUUCAGCCUACUGCUGGAUUAAGCAGUUUUAAUUUCCUGUUGUCUGCAAACCAAGCCCCUGGUGCUAUCAGCCUGGCUGCGAGCCAGUUACCUUCUCUGAGCGUCCCCUGUGUCGUGGUGCCGUCAGCAGCCUUGGCUUCCUUCCCUCUCGUCUGUUCUCCCACAAUCACCAGUCCUCUUUCCCCAGUUCCUGAUGGCUCCUUCUCAGCUGCCACCUCCAUGAAUUUCAGUAUGUCUGGCUUGGCAUCAACAACGCCUGUUUUCAUAGGCACCACGGCCGUGGUUACCCCCAAGGUCUCACCCGUGCCUUCGGUGGAUCCCCAGCAACCAGCUCACCCCACUCUGCACCUGAGUCCUGUGCUUGCAAGGUCUUGCGGUGCUGUUAAACUGGACUCCCCCGCGUGUAUGGGGCAUCCAGUGACCCUUCUGAAGCUGCAGCAGCCUUCGUCAACUCCCCUCACUCCCAAGAGCAUUCGUCCUGCACAUCAUGAGGCAUUUUUCAAAACUCCUGGAAGUCUUGGAGACCCUGUUGCAUGGAAGAAAAAUGAAGGCAACCAGACCAGAAAUGCCAGCUCUGUGCAGAGGAGACUCGAAAUCUCUAGUACCAGCCCUGACUAACUCCACUCAUUGCAAAGGGUGGGCAGAUUGUCUUAGGCCCCUGUAUUGAUUACAAGAGAACAAUCUCUUACAUGACAAGAGGAGUACGUCAGAAUGUCAUCCCUUUUGGCAUGCUUCCCCGCUAUCUAUUCACCCACUGGUUCUGCUAACCACAUUCUUCACAAAUCAUCCUUGAUACUGAAAACCUUUUACUGAAUUGUUCUUUCAGUACUGAUUGGAAUUCAGAUGCUGUCCUUCACACGGCCUUGUGGGCAUCAAAUUGUAUUUGUGGUUUUAAUUUGGAAAACACUCUUUAUUGCCGUGAGGAGAUGCAAACACAUUUUCUUGGAGUUCCCAGGGGUUCUUUUUUCAUGGUUUUAAGUGAGAUGUCUAGCACUUAUCUGGGGUAAGCAUUUUUUUUGCAUGUACUCUACUUACCCUGAGUAAAUCUGUGGUGAAAAUGAUAAACUUUUCCAGUUGUGAGAGCAACUGCUUCCUUGGUUCCAAUCUGUCAAAUCCUGCCUCUGCAGUGCAGCCUUUUGCUAUUUAUUUUGUAUGUCGGAGUGGGAUUUAGUGCAAAAAAGUUUUUUUGCAGCUUCAGAAUAACAGAUUUUCUCAGGGUAGGAUUACUUGAAUGUCAGUUGGUGGUUGUACAAUUUGCCCAGCACUUGUUAUUAGAAAAACCUAAUAAUAACACAGUAUGAUUGAAUGUAUACAUGUGAAAAAUAUCAAGACCAAAAUAACUGUGAAUGUUAACAUUUUUAUAAUUGUGUUAAUGAACUGUAUUAUUCCUUGGGUUUUUUUUUUUCUUUCACUCUGAGCAAAAUGUACAAGUUAGGUGUAAAGAAUACAAAACCUGAUUCCUUAAAUAAGUUUGACAAAGUAAUUUGAGAGUGACAAGCCACUGAGAGGUCUGUGCUAAGACUUCAUCUCCCAUUUAAAUAUAUAGUCUAGUCUUUGUGACCAAGGAGUACUAGUAAGUCAUUAACCACAUGAUUAGAUUCAGUCUUACCUGAGUCUACUUAAGUGCCUACUUAGUGGUUUACUUAAGUCUACUUAAGGGGUAUGUACUUAAGUGCCUAACUCUUCACUUGCAAGAAUUUCAUAACAAGUUAAUAGUGCAUUUGAGCAUACUUGGAAGACAAGGGAGAUCUUAUCUUUUGGCAUGUUAUCUAUCUAAACCAUAAAAAAGAAGCUGAAAAGAGCAGGAGCCAUGGAUUUUGGAAGUGGGAAAAAAAUUAAUCUGUAUUCCUUAAGAGAAGAUAAAGAAGAAGAAAAGUCUAACGGUUAACAUUCAGAGUUCUCAAAUAAUGCAUGGUGCUAUUAAUAACACAGGACAUAAUUUUAAGAGUUAAUGCUCUUAUGCUUGGGUAUGUUUUCACUGGUGUAGCAAUCUGCAAUUAAAUUCAUGCCAUUUCCUGUUUAAAAGACAGAAAGUGUUGCUGGUGACAUCAUGUUACUCUGGACUUUUAGUAAACAUAAGGCCAGCAUUAUCAGCUCUUCUCAUUGGUACUGGUACUGGUUUUCCAAGGGUAGAUACACUGUUGGAUGUGCUACUUCGUUGGUUGAGGGAAGCUAGGACUUUGGGGGUUGGGGAUUUGAUGAGGUUUUUUAUUUUUAUAAUGAAAUGUAUUAUGGAAAUGGAGUUUAAGAAAGAAUUUUAGUGAAGCUGGGAGUUUGAGUAAUGUGGCCUUAUCUUAGAAUAGACCAAUAACAGCCUUAUAAGGAGGGCUGGUUAGCCCUCGUUGAAAGAAAAUCUAUAGUAGACUUAUCAUAGGAAAUUUCAGGGGUGGUAAAGAGAAAUCUUCAGACUGCUAAAUUUUAAGGUUUGGUUUGUUUUUUUUUUAAUUACACUACAGUUGUGAAAGUUUACACUUUUUGCUUCUGAAUUAUUUCUUCUUAUACGCCCACUUAAAUUAAUUUCACUUUGAAAAGCAAUGUGUAAUUGGCAUGGUGCUGCCCCUGCACUUCCACUAGUGUGCAUUUGUUGCUCUUGGGGUUGGAAACAGGCUGCUAGGGUUCAGGAUGACGUGGUUGAUGUUGAUUCUCCAAAUCUUGUCUUUUCCCCUCUAGUACAGUGCAGCCUUUUAGUGAAAUGGCAGCUGGGAGCAGAGAGGAGGAUCAGAGCUAGUAUUGGCUCUUCGCUCCAGUUGAAGCGUCAUCACAAAAAUUGCCUUGCUUUGUCAGUAAUGUUAUUCUGUGCCAUAACUAACCUCACUAUACUUGAAAAUGCAGGGAGUGAAAAUGGAUCUUCAGUUUCCAAUUUCUGCUUCCACUUUUGAGUUUCCAUACAGCAGGUCUAGAAAUGAGGAUCGACUCCCUCAGGAUCAAAGCAGUUCGAUGGGUCACAGUUGCAAAAGCAGAUUUGGGCCUGGGAGAAGAAGGGGGUUGAUAUGCUGUCUUGUUUUUGUCAAUGCAAACUUCCCACUAAAAUAGGGGUGGGACCACCGAAGCAGUCGGGCGGCAAAGGGAUCAAUGCUACUUGCAGUACCUGAGCUGCUGAACUAGACCGGUGAGGAGGAAGGGUUGGUUGUCAGGAGGGAAUGAGUUUACAUUUCCUAUCUUUGCCUUCACUGAAAGCUAAGAACUAAAAUAAACUAGGAACAACUCAUCAGCAAAGUAGCUUUGGAAAAGCAGAAUUUGUAUUUGCACUGAGGUGAAGUGUGUACCCAGGAUGUUCUGCAGGGUUUGUGAAACCUUUCUGUCCCAAGACCGUUGCUGAGGAGGGUGAGCGUAUAACUUAUACUUGAAUCUACCUGCCACGUUUACAUUUCUGAUUGUCUUUUGUAAAUUGGUGCUAUUUCUGUAUUUAAAAAGCUGUAUUUUUAAUGUAAAGCUGCUUCCAGUUUGUAUCUUUGCACUGCUAGUUUAAUAUAGAUAUUAAUUUUAUUGCUGUUUAUAACUGUUAUUCAGUGAUUAGACGUCCUGCUUUUCCUGCUCUCUAGCCAUCUUUUUAGCUGUCUGCAUAUAGCUUUACUCCAAUCACACUGUUUUGUUGAAUAUUUUUUUUUAUACUAUCUCUUAGCA